UGGAGGGAGGCAGCUGUUGCCAUUAUAUUACCAGCCAGCUCAGAUACAUUAGCGGCAUCAGCCUCCCUGCAGGAAAAAGAAAAAGAAGAUGAUGAGUCGGUCGACACCAUCAUAAACACGAAACUGAAAAUAGAUUUGAAAAAGUUAAAUCAAUGGUACAGAAAAGUAGUAUGUCCAGGACGCCUUCGACCUCAACCCAGGAGAUCCAAAUGGACAUGUUCGACCAUCAUCCACACACACAGGGAAAGUACGCCAAGAGGAAGAGCCGAUUUAAGCGCUCCGAUGGAAGCACCUCCUCUGACACCACCUCCAACAGUUUUGUCCGACAGGGCUCUGCGGACUCCUACACCAGCCGGCCAUCGGACUCGGAUGUAUCGCUGGAAGAGGACCCCGAGGCCCUGAGGAAGGAGGCCGACAGGCAGGCCCUCGCCACACUCGAGAAAGCAAAGACCAAACCUGUGGCGUUUGCAGUGCGGACAAAUGUUGGCUACAACCCUGGCCCCAGUGAUGACGUUCCCGUGCAGGGCAUGGCCAUAUCUUUUGAAGCCAAAGACUUCUUGCACAUUAAAGAGAAGUACAAUAACGACUGGUGGAUCGGGCGCCUGGUGAAGGAGGGCUGCGAGGUGGGCUUCAUCCCCAGCCCGGUCAAACUGGAGAACACCCGACUGCUGCAGGAGCAGAGGAUGAGACAGAACCGACUCAGCUCGAGUAAAUCUGGAGGAAGCUCCAGUCUUGAUGUUGCCACGGGAACACGUAGGCCCACCCCACCCGGCACAGGUGGCCCAGCUAAACAGAAACAGAAGUCGAUGGAGCAUGUCCCUCCUUAUGACGUGGUUCCCUCCAUGAGACCCAUCAUCCUCGUGGGGCCGUCACUCAAAGGAUAUGAGGUGACAGAUAUGAUGCAGAAAGCGCUUUUUGACUUUUUGAAACACAAGUUUGAGGGCAGGAUAUCCAUCACACGGGUAACGGCAGACAUCUCCCUGGCCAAACGGUCAGUCCUCAACAACCCCAGCAAACACACCAUCAUCGAGCGCUCCAACACCCGCUCAAGCCUGGACGUACUGGCUGAGGUGCAGAGCGAGAUCGAGCGUAUCUUCGAGCUGGCCCGCACCCUCCAGCUGGUGGCGCUGGAUGCAGACACUAUAAACCACCCUACUCAGCUGGCAAAGACUUCCCUGGCCCCCAUUAUUGUCUAUAUCAAAAUAGCCUCACCAAAGGUCCUCCAGAGGCUCAUCAAAUCCAGGGGGAAGUCCCAGGCUAAACACCUAAAUGUGCAGAUGGUUGCAGCAGACAAGUUGGCCCAGUGCCCACCUGAGUUGUUUGACAUCAUACUGGACGAGAACCAGCUGGAAGACGCCUGCGAGCACCUGGCUGACUAUCUGGAGGCGUACUGGAAGGCAACACACCCCCCCAGCAGCAACCCUCCCAACCCUCUGCUCAACCGUACCAUGGCCACAGCCGCCCUGGCUGCCUCCCCCGAGCCUGUCUCCAACCUGCAGGGGCCGUACCUGGUGCACGGUGAGCAGAAGAGAGAGGGGCCACUAAAAGAGAGUGGAGGGAGCGACACCCUGCAUGACUAUCAGUCAGACCUGGGAGGAAAACCUCAGCAGCAGCAGCAGCAGCAAACAUACAUGCGCUCCUCUCGUGGUCAGCUGCGGGGAGGGAAUGGGCGGGGCCUGUCCAGGCAAGACACCUUCGACUCAGAGACCCAGGGCAGCCGGGACUCGGCCUACACCGAGGCCGGCGACUCCUGCAUGGACAUUGAAACCGACCCCUACGAAGAGCCUGAGCCUUACCGAGGCGGCGGUGGCAGUCGCCUCCACCUGGCACAGCAUCACGGCAGACAGGCCUCCUGGGAAGACGAGGGCGCCGAGCCGGACCAGGAGAACCUGAACCACCCUCCGAUGCCGAGCCAGACACAGUCGCAUGGACGCGCCAAGCUGAGGGAGCGGUACUGCCAGGACCCUGUGGACACAGGGGCCAACAUUAGCCGCAACAAGAACCAGGACGACUGGGGGAGGGACGUCUACAUCCGCUGAAGGAAUCACACCACAACGGGAAGGAAGCUAAGGACAGACUGAGGGGAGACUGAAGUGUGCCAGUCAGGCUAACAAAUUAAUCUGUUUACAUCCCACUACAAUGUAAAGAAAUACAUCAACUGCCAGAUGCCAUUCUCACUGACUUAUUCUUGCAAUCCAAUUUAUUUAUGUUUAGAAAAAAUAAUAUUGGUCUGUUUUCUGUUCUUUUUGUUAAUACUGCAUGAAUUUCAUGGAUUUCUAAACUGACAGCACGAGGACAGUUACCGUUACGAUUGUGAAUCUAUGAUUGUGAUCCGUAUGACUCGACCUUUCGUUCAGUUGUAGAGUGAAAGCUGGUAUAGAGCUGUUGUAGUCUGUCAUUUCUGUCCUCUGCAGUCUUAAACAGGGUCUAAUGUCCCCAUCGCCCAUGUACAGAGUCAGGGUUUCCCUUCACCUUUAUCUCACUCAGUGCUGAAUCUCUCACCUCCACCUUCCUUAUCACCCAGACCUUAAAACGCUGGUGGAGAAGUUGCCAUAUUUUGACACAACGAUUUAUCAAUGUUGCUAUACUCCCAUGACAGCUGAAAAGAUAUCACUCCAAAGAUGUUUACUUCUUCCCUCAUAUGGUUCAGCCCCUCUACCCGUCUGACCCAGCCCCUCUGUUUCUGUUUCCCCUCUUCUUGUGGGUGCUGAGGGCCCCUGGUCUGGUGCAGAUUCAAAGCAGCACUGCAGUCGUUGUUUUGUGAACAGAGUGUCCUGCCUUAGUCACCCCCACCUUAAAAUAAAAAAAAUAAAAAGCACCCUUAGUUCAAGAAAACUCCAAUCACAAGUGCCGGAAUGUCUCGCCAAGCCAUGUCCACCACUGCCAUGGUGGGAUGUCUUAACUAAUGUUUUCAUACCAUACUGUAUGUGUGUGUGUGUGUGUUUGUGUCUCGGCUACUCUGCGCUGUAGUACGUGCUGUUGCUCCUGCACUUUGCUCUUUUUUUUUUUGCUUCGUCGUCUGUUCUUCAGGGCUAAUGGUUAUUUAAAAAAAGUAUGUGUGUGUGGUUGAUCACUCCCAACUUCCACCUAAACGGCAAGCUCGUCUGAUAUUCAAUACACUCUCUUUUAAUCUCGAUUUCUGACUGAAUUAGUGUUCUUUUUUUUUUUUUUUCCUGUGGACAUUUGGCUGUUUUUUUGUUUUUCUUUGUUUCUUUUGUUUGUUUUUUUUAAAAAGCUCCAGUUCUUGUGCGGUAGUGAAAGGAGUUUGAAGUGUGGGUGGUGGUGGGGGGGUUAGGAUCAGCUUUGGUCUUUACUAAGAUAUCGAUAAUGGAGAAUCCAUGAAUGUCUAUCGUGGGCUGCUUUGGCCCGCCCCGUCUUCACUUUAAUAAAUAUUAAAUAAUGAUCAGUAAAUAAUGUAUUGUUGCGUUAUCGCAAUUGUUAAAAGAUAUUAAAUAACAUGUAUCAUUGGUGCCUGAUUGUAGCUACAUUUUGCUUUUUCUGCCUUUCAUUUUUAAUCUGUGGAUAAAUUCGUAUUUUAAUUAAAAAUUAAUUCA